UACUUCUGAGACGGAAAGCGGGCAACUCUACCAAACUUCCAGAGCUGUGGCCAUUGCCUCUGCGUCUAUUAGGGUGCGACAGAAGCCCCGCCCAUUUUAGUAUCGCCAUCGCAAGGCGACACUUCUUAUUUUUCCCAUUGACUAGCUUCUGUAGUAGUCCAAAACGUUUUAUUGGUGGCUUGACGACGUCAUCCGUCGGCGACAUCCUCUUCCAAAGGCUCUCUCCGAGGGAUUGAUUGAAGAGCAUCAUGGCAGCUGUGGGCUUUGAGGAAUUCUCAGUGCCUCCUGGGUCUGAGCUGGCCCUCCCUCCUCUUUUUGGUGGCAAUAUCCUUGAGAGUGAACUGGAGACAGAGGUGGAGUUUGCUGAUGGUGGAAUAGCAGAAGAAGAGGAAGAGGAAGGUGUCUUGCGGCAGCAGGAGAUGACACGACGCAAGUGCCAGGCACUAGCACGGCGCUGCAAGGAAUUGGAACAGGUGAAUGAGAGGAUGUUAAAUCGGUUGCAUCAGGUUCAGAGAAUAACACUGCGACUCAAGCAGGAGAGAAGGUUUCUCAUGAGGGUGUUGGAUUCAUAUGGUGAUGAUUACAGACAAGGCCAUCUGGACAUAGUCUUAGAGGAUGAAGGGGGCCACAGCCCUGAUGCUCCCACCCUCGGCAACACAGAAAAUGAGCCCCCUGAAAAAGACAUGCCCAGGUGCCCCUCAGGUCCUCUCCCUGCCCAUGAGCCUGAGAGCCUUUCUCCAAGUGAGGGUCCCACCACUAAGAAGCGGCGGCGCCACCUGCGAGAGGAAAAGGAAGGGAGAGUGCGACGAGUAGCCCAAACGUUACUCCCUAUGGAAGAAUUCUCUGCACAGGUUAAGUCUGAAGAAGAGUUCCAGUGUGAGCAGGAGGAUGUCCUUGCCUCCACCUGGCAGCCAUCCAGCCCCCGAGACAAGUUACUUCAUUACCCUAAGUUUUCAAGUCCUGGGGCCUGUUCUGAUUUUGAUUGAGGCCAGUCACCACUAGCCUGAACUCCAAAGGAGAUUCUAUAUAUCACUUGCAUCUGUUGCUUCCCACCGAUUUGUCAAAUGAUAUUGAAGGAGCACAAGCUCAUUUUCUAGGAACAGAGGGAGAUGGAGUAUAGAAAUUUAAUACACCUUCUGUACCCUGAACUCAAUUCCACACUGAGUGGAAAAGUCAAAUAUCAAUAUGAACUGUACUGGGACAUUUAUCAAAUAACCUAGAAGUCAGUAAUAGUACUGAAACCACUAUGUAUUCUGUGUACUUUGUAUUUUGCCCCACCCUGACACCUUCCCAGUGUGUGGGACUUCAUCUCCUGCUGUUGCCAAACACCAUGGCCAAAGGCAGAGGACAGUGGGAGCUGUAGUCCCACAUAGCUGGAGGGAAUAUUGUAUUAGAUGAAGGGAUUGUGUUUCACAUGUCUGAAAUCCUAAUGUAGGAUACCAGGUGGAAAUGGGCACUUAGUGGCCAGCUUUUAUGUAAUUUAAAUGUCUUAGUGGAUGUGUUGGAAAGGAGAGUGCUGCUGCUUGAGUCAUUAAGUGUUCAGCCUCUCAUCUGUUGUCCUUUUGUAAGAAAUGAUGUCUAAACUAAAGGGGAGAUUGUAUCUGGCUUCCACAGGUUCUUCUGAGGAAGUAGAUGAGGAAUGGAGACUGAAUCCAAAUGUCUGUAAUAAUGUGUCCUUAGUGAGACUGGUCAGGAGACACACCUUAGAACCUUGCCUUGGCAGUGAAGGCCAUAGGAGACCAAUUCUCCCUUAGCAUUGGGUUUAGCAGUUGUUAGAAGACAAGUCUCUGGAGAACAUCAUCACAUGGAAGAGCAGUAAUGUUUCCUGACAAUACCUGAAAGAAUCCCACCCGUAGUCUGCAUUGGUUGUUUGAGUGGAAGUGAUGGGAUCUGCAUCCCAGCAUCCCUGGAGAACAUCAGCUUUGGAAGAACUCGCAUCAUGGCGGCUUGCAUUAAACAAGUCAGUUCUGUGCCAAUAAAAGCAAAGCUUUGCAUCCUG